UUUAAAACCGCAACCGCCUGGACUGCUGAUACCGUUGUGGCGACCAUCGAUUGGCUUACUUGUGGCCCUAGUGUUGUACUCUGGAGGCGGAGAAAAGCCAAAGGGGAAGUGAGGUGUUUGUGAAGCCCAUAGGCUCCGCUAUGAAGAAGAUUUUCGGCUUUAAGAGUGGAAAGGGCGCGUGGCGUUGGGGCUCUCCCACCAGCCCGCAGACUGACGCGGGCGUCCCCACCGUCACCUCAAGUUCGCCUGGGUACUGCCUCCGCGACAAAGAUCUCGGAAAGAUUCACAAAGCUGCAAGCGCAGGCAACGUAGCGACAGUGCAGCAGAUUCUUCUGCUGGGGAAAAAUGGCUUGAAUGAUCGAGACAAGAUGUCCAGGACUGCGCUCCAUCUGGCCUGUGCCAAUGGCCAUCAAGAGGUGGUAACUCUCCUCGUAGAGAGAAAAUGCCAGCUUAACCUCUGUGACGGCGAAAACAGAACACCCCUGAUGAAGGCAGUACAAUGCCAGCAAGAGGCGUGUGUGGCCAUCCUGCUGGACCACGGCGCUGACCCAGAUCUCGUGGAUGUCUAUGGCAAUACUGCUCUGCACUAUGCUGUGGGGGGCCAGAGUGCAGCCAUCGUAGCCAAGCUGCUGGCCCACAAUGCAGAUGUUGAAGUCAGAAACAAGGAUGACCUCACACCGCUUUUACUUGCUCUAAGUGAAAACAAACAGCAAAUGGUAGAAUUGUUAGGAAGGAAGGAAGCAAAUAUACAUGCUGUAGAUAAGAUAAAAAGCAAUCAUCAACUAAUUUCUCAAUAUAAAGAAGAAAAGACACUUAAUUCUUCUCCAGCAAUUAGCAAUCACGAAGUACAGGAACCUGCAAGACAGAUAUCAAGGAAAAGAGAAUCAAGGAAAGAGGAUGAGAGUUCUGAAGAAUAUUCUUUAAGCAGGCUUUCCAGCAAACCUGGCAUUGAUGAUUCAUGGCCUACAUCAGAUGAUGAAGAUUUAGAUUUUGAAACCAAGACUGUCCCGAAGCUAAACUUUGCAAAGCUAAUGACUGCUUCUCAGCAGUGCAGGAAAAGCAUAGAAGCCAAAUGUGGCACAAUGAGACCAGAAAGUAGAUCCUUAUCUGAGGACAAUAAUUCUGACAGUGAAAAUGAAGAUAUAGUUGAAACCCUUCCUAAACCACCCAUUAAAGCCCAGGAAUUUUCUCAUCCUGUUUUUCCAUCAACUGAGCCUCUCACGUCUUUAGCAGUUCUUGAUCAUACAAAAGAAGAAGCAACAAAGACAGCAGUUGGACAUGAAGAAAAGGAUAAUGAUAUCAAUGGAAGUGCUCCACAAGAGCACACAAAUAAUUACAACUUGGCUUUUGUUGAUGGAGCACACAAAAAUAAUAGAAGUGAUAUGAUGUCAGCAUUAGGAUUAGGAGAAGAGGAAGAUAUAGAAUCACCUUGGGAUUCUGAGAGUAUUUCUGAGAGUCUUCCACAGAAAUAUGUUGAUCAUUUAUCUGGAGCUGCAGACCAAAGAGGAAAAAAUACAUUAAAUGGACAAGUAGAUGAUGUGUUUUAUAUACCUUCUUGCAUGAGUGGAUCAACAAACUUUAAGAUGGCUAAACUAGAGGACACAAGAAAUGUAGGCAUUCCAGUAGCCCACCUGGAGUCUCCUGAAAAAUAUCCUCACUUGAAGCCUACCAUUGAAGUGAAAAAUGCUGUUCCUAAAAAGGUGGUGGGAGUGAAGGAUGUGCAAACAUUUCAAUCAGAUUUGUCAGCAGAACUAGACCUAGAAAUGACAUCAGAGGAAGAUCAAGAAAGGCUUGAUGGAAGUGAAAAUGAACACCCACUGGUUGAAGAAGAAAAUGAGAUGCACAAAAAUAGUGAAAUACAAUCCUCAGAAAACAUAUGUGUUGCUGCUGACCGGGGAUUAACUCAGCACAUAAAGAAUAGGAAAACCAAUGACCAGCACUUUCCUGUUGUGAAAAAUGAAGAUUCUGAUAGUGGUCCUGCCUUGCCUAUGAAAGAAGUAAAGAAAAAUGAAAAUGAAAAAUGGACAGUCAAAGAACCUGUGACUGCAUCAAUGUUUGCAAAGGCUGGUUCCCUGACUGGGGGUGUGUUUCAAGUGAAUGAUGACAGCAGCUUAAGUGAAGUAGAUCAGAAUGAUGAAAGGCUUAUAAAGAAAACAUCUAAAGAAAAGAACAAGGUCAAGAAGCAAAUUAAUUCUGUGGAUAACUUUGAGGACUUAACUCAGUCAUCUGAAACAGCUUCAGAAGACUGUGACUUACCUUACUCUAAUUAUAAGAAUUGUAUGUUGCUAAUUGAACAACUUAGCAUGGAUUGUAAAGAUUCUGUGAGCUUAUUGAAAAUCCAGGAUACAGUUCUUUCAUAUGAAAGAUUAAUAGAACUUAAAAAAAAUCACUGUCAACUGCUUUCAGGAAAAAUUAAAAAAAUGAGAAAUAAGAUUAGUGAGCUACAAAAGGAGCUCUCAGAAACAAAAGAAAUAAAAUCACAGUUAGAGCAUCAAACAGUGGAAUGGAAACAGGAACUCAGCAGUUUGAGGUUUACCUUGAAACAAGAAGAAGUAAAAAGAAGAAAUUCAGAUACACUAUGUGAAAAAAUUAGGGAGCAGUUAAAAAGAAAAGAAGAGCAAUAUCAUAAAGAAGUUGAAGUGAAACAACAACUUGAGCUUAAUCUUCGAACACAAGACAUGGAAUUGAGGACACUAAGAAAUAAUUUGAAUCAGGUUGUAGAAGAGAGAAAUGACACUCAGAGACAGCUCUCUCGAGAACAGAAUGCCAGAAUAUCCCAAGAUGGAAUUCUCAACAAUCUCCUUUGCAAACAAAAGGAGAUAGAAAUGGCUCAUAAGAAAACAAAUUCUGAGGUUUCUGAUAUUUAUGAAAAAGAAAAAGACCUGGUGCAUAAAAACCACAUGUUGCAGGAUGAAAUCGCCAUGCUAAAGUUGGCAAUAGAUACAAUAAGAAGUCAGAACCAGGAAAAGGAAAAUAAAUAUUUUGAGGACAUUGAAAUUAUAAAAGAAAAGAAUGAUGAUCUACUGAAGACAAUAAAAUUGAAUGAGGAAACAUUAACAAAAACAAUAUCCCAAUAUAGUGGACAGCUUAAUGCUCUGAAGACUGAGAAUUCAGUGCUAAGCUCUAAACUGGAGAAUGAAAAACAAAACAAAGACAGACUGGAAACAGAAAUUGAAUCCUUCCAUUCUAGACUGGCUUCAGCCAUACACGAUCACGAUGAAAGUCAGACAUCCAAGAGAGACCUAGAACUCACUUUCCAGAGGGCAAAAGAUGAAUGGCUUCGUUUACAGGACAAAAUGAAUUUUGAUGUGUCUAACCUAAAAGAUAACAAUGAGAUUCUUUCUCAGGAACUUUCAAAAGCUGAGAGUAAACUUAAUAACCUUGAAAUUGAACUCCAUCAUACAAGAGAUGCCCUCAGAGAAAAGACUUUGGUUUUAGAAAGGGCACAAAGAGACCUACACCAAACACAGAGUCAGAAGAAGGAGAUUGAACAGAUGUAUCAAAAUGAACAAGGUAAAGUGAAUAAAUACAUUGGAAAGCAGGAAUCCUUAGAGGAGAGAUUGUCUCAGCUACAAAGUGAAAAUAUGUUGCUUCUACAGCAACUGGAUGAUGCUCACCACAAAAAUGACAUUAAAGAAAAGUUGGUAAUGAAUAUCCAGGACCAAUUUCAGGAUGUGGUAAAAAGACUUCAAGCUGAAAGUGAAAAACAAGGUCUUAUGCUAGAAGAAAGGAAUAAGGAGCUAAUCACUGAAUGCAAUCAUUUAAAAGAAAGGAUGUAUCAGUAUGAAAAUGAGAAAGCAGCAAGAGAAGUAGAUGUGAGACAACUUCAACAAGAACUGGCUGAUACCCUAAAAAAGCAAGCCAUGGCAGAGGCUUCGCUGGAGGUUACUGCACACCACCGUGUUAAUUUAGAAGAGGAGAUACAGGAUUUAAAGAAGAAAUUAAGUCAAAUCAGAAGUCAAUUGCAAGAGGCACAGGAUGGACAUACAGAGGCUGUAAGAUGUGCUGAGAAGAUGCAAGAUCAAUUACAAAAGCUUGAAACAGAAAAUGCCAAGUUAAAAGGUACAGUCAAAAAACAAGCAUGCAAAAUUGAACAGCUACAAGAAACUCUGCUAAAUACAAAUCCACCAGAGGAUGAAAAGGAAGAAUUAAGAAAGUAUAUGGAGUUAAAGCAAUCUUUGGAAUAUAAUUUGGAUCAAGAAAUGAAGAAAAACAGUGAAUUGGAAAAAGAGAUUAUUGGAUUUAAGAAACUCCUAAAAAUGUCAAGAAGGAAGUUAAAUGACUAUGAAAGUGGAGAACUUAGUUUCCAUGGAGAUUUGACAGCCAAUCCAACUGAAAUGGAUAGUCAGAUUAAUAUACUAAAAAAGAAGAUUGAUGAUCUCACUGCAAAGCUAGAAACUGCAUCUUCAAACUAUCUACAUGUGGAUGCAAAAAACCAAGUUCUUCAACAGGAGUUAUCAACUAUGAAAGCAAUGCAAAAGAAAUGUGAAAAACUAGAGAGGAAUAAGAAGAAGUUGGAACAGGAAUUAGUGAACCUCAAAAGUCAUAUGGAAAUGAAUAUGGUAGAACACUAUCAAGUGGAACAAUAUAAACGAGAGAUUGAAGAAAGAGCAAGGCAGGAUGUAGUAGAAAAAUUAAAAGAAGUUAAUUUAUUUAUACAGGCACAAGCAGCAUCUCAUGAAAACUUAGAACAGUUAAGAGAGAAUCAUAAUGCUUCAAUAAGAAAUCAAAUGGACCUCAGAAUUAAAGAUCUGGAAUCUGAACUUUCCAAAAUGAAAAUCUCUCAAGAAGAUUCUAGUAAAAUAGAAUUGGAAAAAUAUAAGCAACUCUACCUAGAAGAAUUAAAAGUCAGAAAAUCAUUAGCAACUAAACUAAACAAGACUAAUGAGAGAUUAGCAGAGAUCAGUACUAAACUUUUUGUGGAGAAACAGCAGAACAAAUCUUUACUCAGCUCUCUUACUGUGAGGCCAGUCCUGGAUCCACAUUAUCCUGGGGAUCUGAAUAAUAGUUUAGUGUUCAAUAAACAUCUUAGUCCAAGAGAAAACUUAGUGAUUUCUCUUUCUACCUCAAAUCAACGGCCUUCAAGUAACAGCAUGGAGACUUUCUUGACCAAGAUGCAGCAGGAGUUGGAAAAAAAUAUAACUAGAGAACUAGAAGAAGCUGCUGCUGAAUUUGAAUCUGUAUCCUACAGAGCUUCUCCUCUAGGCUCUACUGAUGAGUCAAAUUUAAAUCAAGAUCUACUUUUGAAAACGUCGCAAGAAUAUGUACAGAUUUUGAAGAAAAAUUAUAUGAUCUGAAUACUAAAUAAUAAAAUAUUUUCCCCUGGGCUGU